AUGUACCCGAAUAUAUCCCCAUAUUAUCCACAUUGUGCUCUUAUUUGUGCUAUACUGAUUGUUUUCUUUCUUUUCAAUUUUUGGCAGUUACAAAUUUCCUUUUGCUUCCGGGAUUAUUUGAAUGAGGUAAGGGGGUCUUUAAAAACAAAAAAAUAUUUGAUAGAUUCUUCGUUCUGGCAUUUCAACUAAUGGAAGCACAGGAAACAGUAGUUGUGGAUUUGACAGUAACAAUUCUUCUGUUUUGCCACUUUGUACUAUCUCCUGUGUCAAAGGCACAUUACAACACCCUCAAUGCAGAAUCAUCAACAGAUCGCCUUUAACUUUGCUUGAUUACGAUGAAGGAAAAAGUGAUAAGCUCCCCUCUCCUUCAAAUAAUUCACAAAAGAUAGCCAUGUUGUGGCAUUCACCAUCACCUUCGAUAAAACGUGGAGUAAAAAUUCCUCAAGGCACCAGA